GAUGUAACCUCGCCUUUGUUCGCACAACGUUACAAGAUGGCGGCAAAGUGAUCGACGGUCAACACCGAACUUGCGUCCCCCAAACAGGAGCCACGUGUAUCCCCCAGCGGAGUGCCUAAGAACAGCAUCGUGUUCUCUUACUUUACCACCACCCUUCUUUCAACAAGACCAUGGAAGAUUGGGAUGACGAGAGCUCUCAAAUUCAGCCUAACGAUGAGCGAGGUUCAUGGCAGAACGCUGAGAAGAAGAAACCCGCCGGGUUUGGCCGAGGGCGCUCUAAACGCGGCUAUGUGAACGGCAACUACGAGGCCAGGCGGCCCGGCGAAAGGAGUUAUGGUACCAGGUCUGUACAGAACUUUGGCAAUCAACGACAGGGUGGAUUUCAAAGAAGUGAGGAUGCAAUGGCUGAGAACUGGCGCGAGCGGGACCACGGCCAAGGGGGGUCCCGCCGUAAUGAGAGCUCCCAUGGGGGGUACAGAGGGGGCAGGAAUCAAGGAGGGUUUGGUGGUAGCUGUGAUGAAAGGUCAUAUAGAGAUGGGACUAGGGUAAGCUGUGAUGAUGGUGGAUUUGGCUCAAGGGGGAAUAAGGGUGCUGGAAGGUGGAAAAGCAGCAGAUUUACAGAGAUAGUAAACGUGAACCCAGACCGAGUCAGAACUGUCAUAGGGCGAGGUGGCUCUACAAUAAAAGAGAUACAGGAGACUUCUGGAGCACACGUCAGGGUUAAGAAAGAGGAGGGGUCAUUCUUUGAGACGCCUGUUGAAAUCACUGCAGAUACUGAGGAAUCUGUGCAGAAAGCAGUAAAGAUGAUUCAAGAUCUUGAUGAGCAUGGCCACAUGACCACAACAAACCAAAACUCACAUGCACAACCAGAAAAGCCAAGAAUUUCCUUUGCAGAGAUUCAUGCUGGACGUGAAGAGGCAGAAAGGAGAAAGUGGGCAGGUCUUCCAACAAUCAAGAAGCAUUUUUACUUUGAAGUAGAUUCCGUAAAGAAUAAAGACCCAAGCGAUGUGGAACAAUUCAGGCAAGCUAGUAACAACAUCAUGGUAGAGAACUAUGGGGAGACUGUACAAGAACGAGCCAUCCCCAACCCUGUCACAAAGUUUGAGGAGGCAUUUGAACAGUACCCUGAAAUUCUGGAAGAGAUCAAGAAAGCAGGAUUUGUCAAACCAUCACCCAUUCAGUGUCAAGCAUGGCCUGUCGUCAUGUCUGGAAUGGACUUGAUUGGAAUUGCACAGACUGGCACUGGAAAGACCCUUGCGUUCCUCCUCCCUGCCUUCCUGCACAUCGAUGGACAGGAGCUAGCACGAGAGAAGAGAGGCGGCCCAUCCGUACUGGUCCUUUCACCUACUCGUGAGCUGGCCUUGCAGAUUGAACAGGAAGUGAAGAAAUACCAUUACAGAGGAAUCCGAAGUGUAUGUAUAUAUGGUGGAGGAAGCAGGAAGGAUCAGAUUGGUGUGGUGGAGAAAGGUGUUGAGAUCGUCAUAGCUACUCCUGGUAGAUUGAAUGACCUGUUAAUGCAUGACAUCCUGUCCGUGCGAAGUGUAACAUACCUGGUACUGGACGAGGCUGAUAGAAUGCUGGACAUGGGGUUUGAACCAGAAAUAAAAAAGAUCUUGCUGGACAUCAGACCUGAUCGACAGACUGUCAUGACUAGUGCCACCUGGCCACCUGGUGUACAACGUAUGGCGGACCAGUACAUGACAGAUCCUGUCAGGGUGUUUGUAGGGUGUCUGGACCUGAAUGCGUGUGAGAAUGUCACUCAGCUAGUGGAAGAGGUGGACGGGAGCUUGAAGAAAGAAAGGGUGAUAGAGUUCAUUGAAGGGAUGGCUCCAGGAGAAAAAGUUCUUAUCUUUGUUGGCAAAAAAGUCCUUGCCGACGAUCUGUCCAGUGAUCUGAUGCUUCAUGGGAUAGAUGGGGUUCAGUGUAUCCAUGGUGACAGGGAGCAGUACGAUCGUGAGCAGGCCCUGGAUGACUUCAAGACAGGCCUGGCACGCAUCCUGAUUGCUACUGACGUGGCGUCACGUGGUUUAGAUAUCAAGGAUAUCACCUACGUCAUCAACUACGAUUUCCCUCGCCACAUUGAAGACUACGUGCAUAGAGUGGGCCGCACUGGACGGGCCGGCCGUAGCGGUACGUCCCUAACGUUUAUCAGCCGAGAGGACUGGCGAUCUGCGCACAAGCUGAUCAAGAUCAUGGUUCAGGCAAACCAGGAGGUACCCGACUUUCUCCAUGACAUGGCCAAGAGAUAUGAGGACUUCCGCGAGCGCAUGAGCGCAGAGCGCGGCGACCGAGGCGACCGAGUCGAAGGUGAUGGUUGCUACAAGUGCGGCAAAUAUGGUCACUUUGCGCGCGAAUGCCCCGACGCGGGGGGUAGCGGCAGAGGUAGGGGUGGUCGAGGAGGAAGGCGUGGCGGCUACGACCACUCCUACGGGACGGGCUCAUAUGACGAGUUCGAGUCGUUUGACAACAGCGGGAGGCGAGGCAGAAAGAAGGAUUUCAUGUACGCCAUGAUGUCAUGAGUGUCACGCGAUUGUGUGACGCCGUAAAGAACGCCUUGACAUCGUGAGCUAGGUCCGUCAGGCUACUGUCACGCCACUAUGUGGCGCUACACGCAGACUGCAAGACGUCACGUGGUUGUGUGAACCUGUGGGUCACACGCGGGCUGCAAGACGUCACGUGGUUGUGUGAACCUGUGGGUUACAUGCGGGCUGCAAGACCUCACGUGGUUGCGUGUAGGUCACGCUUGAACAGCAUGGCAUUUGUGUAAUGUUGUGACGUAACGCAGCGUUCAUACCAUGGGACACUGUUAUUGUUAAGAAAAUUCAAGUGGAUGGAGAAAUAAUUGUACGUUUUGAAGAGUAAAUAUUGAUUAAAUUUAAAGUCAUUUAACCCAGACUGGCUGUGCGGCGCUGUAACAAAGUCUGUAUGGAUUUCAUACGCCGUCAAGCUCACACUGGAUAACAGCCAUGCGCGAAAACCGCUGGAUGAAGGAAAAGCUGGCUCAACACAGGGAAUUGCAGUCGCGCUGGUUUUGACAUUCUUGUAUAGCUUUAUUAUAUUAGAAAAUACACAAGCCCGAGUUAGGGAUCGGGUCAUAGUAUCGGAAAUUUACUGUUUUGCAUCACAUGCCCGGAGCUUGCUGUAAUCCAAACCUGGCAGCCACAGAAUAUAACGUUUAUUCCAAAUCUCUGCAGAUUUGCCCUCAUCCAAAUCACGUUCAACUCAUAAAGGUGAUUCAACCAAUAAGUGACAUGAUAGCAACUACUUUAUAGAUAAAAACUUGACCACAAUAUUCGUGUAAUGGUAUUUGCGCCUGUUUCACUGCUUCAGUGUAUGGGUAACUCUGGGUAGCGUAAUGGAAGCUCAUUGACAUAUUUAAUUUCCCUAAAGCACUUGCCCUACAAAGACGUUAGAUAUCACAUGUUUUCAAGGAUAUUAGAUGCUUCAUAUGUUAAUAAAACUGAUAAUUCUGUAA